AUCUUUAACCAUUACUCAAUUGGAGUGGAAUUUCCCUUAACCAAGAAAUCCUGUAACUCAGCUUGUUUCAGAACAGUAUAAAAGAAAGGUCCUCACUCACUAUGAUCUAUUAAGACUUUCUAUAUUCUCUGCAGGAACUGCAAGGCCUCUAUAGCCAUGAAGUUGCUUCUGGCAGGAAUUGUUCUGAUUCUAAUUGUGGAAACCAAUGCUCAGUGGUACACAUUUCCUUUUGAAGCUGCUCGAGGAGCUGGGGAUAUGUUGCGAGCCUAUCAGGACAUGAGGGAGGCCAACUGGAAAAACUCAGACAAAUACUUUCACGCAAGAGGAAACUAUGAUGCUGCCCAGAGAGGAGAAGGUGGGAAAUGGGCAGCUGAAGUUAUCAGUAACACCAGAGAGUGGGUGCAGGAAAAAUUGGGUCAUGGUGCUGAGGACUCUGAGGCUGAUCAGGUAGCAAACCGCUGGGGGCGGGAUGGACGAGACCCCAACCACUUCAGGCCAGAGGGACUUCCUGACAAAUACUAAGGAUAAAAAACACUGACUUAUAAUAAAACUAAUGAAAGAAA